CUCUUUUGUUGUUCCUGUCAAAUCGGAACCGAAGGUCUGAGAUCACGAACACAGAGACACUUCCGGUUCCUGUCAGACCUCGACCUAAAGAAACACAAACGUUCAAAACCCCUUUAACACGAUCUGAGCGAAUAACUGCACUAAAACACAAGGAGCCUGAAUGCAGGCCCACAGUUCAGCAAGAUUGUCCAGGAAGAGAAAGAGAGAAGGUUCAAAUAGAGAGGCAGAAGAGGGCGAGAAACCGCUGAAGUUAAAGCGAUGCACAGUGGGUCUGCAAUACCCGGCUCCAUAUGCAGAUCAGCUCGAGUCAAUGGAAGAUAAGGUGUAUCAGCGCGUCACCAUGGAGGAAGCUCGCAAAGGCACUCCACCUGACAGACCUGUGCGGGUGUACGCUGAUGGCAUCUUCGACAUGUUCCACUCAGGACAUGCCCGCGCUCUCAUGCAGGCUAAAUGCCUUUUCCCAAACACUCAUCUUAUUGUAGGUGUGUGUAGUGAUGGCCUCACACACAAGUUAAAGGGCUUCACCGUCAUGAACGAGGAUGAACGCUAUGACGCGGUCAGUCACUGUCGCUAUGUGGACGAGGUGGUCCGGAAUGCUCCGUGGACUCUCACGCCCGAGUUCCUCACCAAGCAUCGGAUUGACUUUGUGGCCCAUGAUGAUAUCCCAUACUGCUCAGCUGACAGUGAUGAUGUUUACAAGCACAUCAAAGAAGCAGGAAUGUUCGCACCAACCCAACGGACAGAGGGCAUUUCCACCUCUGACGUCAUCACACGCAUCGUACGAGAUUAUGACGUCUACGUCAGACGGAAUCUUCAACGUGGCUACACCGCAAAAGAGCUUAAUGUCAGCUUCAUCAAUGAAAAGAAGUACAACCUUCAGGAGCGUGUGGACAAGGUGAAGAAGAAGGUGAAGGACGUGGAGGAGAAGAGUAAAGAGUUUGUGCAGAAGGUGGAGGAGAAGAGCAUCGACCUGAUCCAGAAAUGGGAAGAGAAGUCCCGCGAGUUCAUCGGCAACUUCCUGCAGAUGUUUGGACCGGAGGGAUCAUUAAAGCACAUGCUGAAGGAGGGAAAAGGGCGAAUGCUUCAGGCCAUCAGUCCGCGGCACAGCCCCAGCAGCAGUCCCACACGCGAGCGUUCCCCGUCUCCAACUUUCCGUCUGCCCUUCUUCACCAAAACCUCCCCGCCCUCGUCCCAUCACAGCAGCGCCCUGUCCGGCUACACCUACGCUGCCCGCGGGCUGGCCAUCAGCGAAGACGAGGAGGACGACGAAGAUUAGAGUGCCAGAGAGCACCAUGCAUCCGUCUUCCAAUACUGGCAAUCCAACCUCAGAAACGAAGCAAUCCUUACACGACCCAUGGGUUUCGCUCUCUGUAUUACUAACACACACGAAGGGUUAAAAUGGAGCGAUGUCUAGAACGUUAGUGACGGAGUCGGUUCCAACUUGAGGGGUUUUUAAGUCAUUGUCAGCGAUGGGAUGCGAGUAUUCAAACUCCAGCGUCUCGUCUUGAAUCACGCUGGAUUGGCGUGUGUUUUAAAACGAGUGCGCAUGGUAUUAAUGCGUUUCAUUGUUGUUUUAAGUUCCGUUUUAAUGUUCUUAUCAUAAUAUAUAAUUGUUAGACAUCUCGUAAUUCACGUGUCUCUUGGGGGCGAGAUUGAUGUCUAACGUUGAAAACGCUGAGAGGCGAACUGUAAGAUAAAAGCUAAUUCUCUAAAUACAAGAGCUAAAAAAUUUAAAUGAUUUGUAUGUAUUACAAGGUGCAUAAUCAGUGUUGCCGUGGUAACAAUUCUACUAAUUAUAAAAAUACGCCAAUAUUAUACAGGCAUGACUGAGUGCAAAAUGAUAGUUUGUCUACAUGAAUUUGGUGUGUCAUGCUUUAGUAAAGGUCAGAAUUCCAAAUUUGAACACUGCGUUUUAAAAAUAUAUGCUUAAUAAACUAAAGAGUUGUCUGUUUUUACUGUAAAAAUGAAAGUGUUAUUUCAUCACCGCACAAUGCCCUGUUUAUCUCUCACUGUGAUUGAUUUCUUUCAAAGAGCUCUUAAUGAAUAACCAUAAAACAUAGGUUGAAGGGCUAGUUUUCCAAGUUCGCUUUAGAUCUUUGGACUCAAGCUUGAUAAUUACAUAAUUAGGUUCUGCAAAAUGAGUCUUGCAUGUUUUUAAGUCAAACCAAUGGCGCUGUUGAUAAUUGUUAAGGAAUGAAACCACUUAAAAGGAAUAUUCUGUGUUAAAUACAACUUAAACUCAACAGUCGGUGUCCAGUGCAGAGUUAUAUACAAUGCAGUUGUUUUAAGAGUUAUUCUGUUAAUCAGUUGAGGGACAAAAUGAUGUACUGUGGUGAAUGACAGAAGCUUAACUUGUAUUUAACCCUUAACGUUCACUUUGAAGAGCUUUGUCACCAUUUUUUAUGUAUGUGUAUGGAUAUGCAAUGGUCAGUUUUAGAUGGUACGUGUUUAAAUUGAGAUUGUACCACCAGUGAUUAUAAUAUCUAUGUUCUGUUAUCUCAUUUCAUAAUUUGAUGAGAGGCGGAGACUCAACAAACUGCUGUCCAGACUUGCACUGAUGUCAGAAUUCAACUAUUGUUAUGCAAAUAGUUAAUGCUUCAUUUUCAUGGUAAUGUCUGUUUUCCAGCCUCUGGACUUUUCCUUUGCACAAAUGAAGUGACUCUAGGAGAGAUUAUUAUUUUAUUAACUUUGCCUUCCCUUAUCCUGUCAGCCUUUGAUUGUACAGGAUGUCAACAGAGACAGGAAGACAAAUAAAUAGUGUCUAAUGUACAA